AUGUAUGCACGAGGCAUCCUGUUUGGUAAGAUGAAGUACGAAUUAGGCGAUCACUCCUACGUUCACUGCCCAGAGAACAACCUAUCGGCUGAUAUAGAGUUCAAGGUCAAGGGGUGGGUAUCGGGUGGCUACAAUGCCAUUGGUGGCUACAUCAAGAACGACAAGACUGGUGAGCAGUAUUACGAGCUGUCUGGCACGUGGACUGGGGAAAUGUAUGCGAAGGACCUCAAGACCGGCAAGAAAACUCUCCUCUUCGACGCCACACACGCAAAGCACACACCACCCAAGGCCAGACCAGUGGAAGAGCAAGGCGAACGUGAGUCACAGCGCUUGUGGCAACACGUCUGUAAAGCCGUACACGUUGCGGACCACACUGUUGCCACAGACGAAAAGGCGAAGAUCGAAGAGAGGCAGAGACAGGAAGCUGCCGAAAGACAAGAACAGGGGGUUGAGUGGCGCCCAAAGCUCUUCAGAGCUGUUGACGCGAGACCUGGUGGAAAAGAUGAGGGCGAAGAAGACCUCGAAUGGGUUCUCGAUGCAGAUAUUGACGUCCGUGCACCUCCGGAGCAGAUUGUCCAGCAAAUCUUGUCUAUAGCACCAAUUUUGCCAGGUCAACAGCAGCAGGCAAUCUCGCAAAAGCAGUCACGGGCUCCCCCAGCACCGGAGCGACACGCACCUCCCCCUCAAGCGCAACCUCAACCUCAACCACAAUCCCACGCCACCAGCCUCAUCGACCUGGAUUCCAGACCAUACGACACAGUACGCUCCCAACCAGCGCCAAGCCGAGCUGAGCCUAUCGCAGGAAAUCCCAUGCAUCCAACCUCAAACCCCAAGCAAAUCCCUGGCACCGAGCCAACUGCUCAAGCACCGUUCGCAGGCAACCCACCUAGAGGCGGAAGCUUGAUGGAUCACGACGAUGGGCCUCUGAGUAGUCGUAUGGAGGGAAUGAGCUUGCAUCAACCACUUGCUCCUUCAGCUCAAAGUCGGCCAAUUCGGCGAACGGAUAGCAAGACGAGUGAGACGGAUGUGUUUGUCGAUGCUCAGGGCUAG